AGCAAACAGUGAAGUCGCCGAAGACAGAGCUAACAGAGUUGGGAUCUCCACGGCCGCGGGGAGCGUGCGGAGCCCUGGCCGCGUUGUCACCGCCCAGACCGCUGCCCCCGCGCCGAGGAGCUUGCUCCCCCCUUUCACCGUACCCAGCCCGCCUUUUUCUUUCUUUUUCUUCUUUUUCUGAUCUCAUAGCUUAGUGUGGAACUCCCUGUGAACUUUUCUUUCGCUCUUUCUUUCUUUCUUUCUUUUUUUUUUUUUUCUUUUCUUUUUUUUGACGUUAAAAGCUAUCUUGUGUCUAUGAGGGCUGCGUCCCUGGGCCAUGUAGCCAGCGGGGGACCCGGGGACUUCAGACUCCGCAGCGGCGCUGUUGUGUAUGGAGCUCCCGGCGGGGGCUGAGCGUGCAGGCUCGCCCCCAACACGCCGCCCAGGCCAUGGCCCCAUGAGUGCGCGCCGAGCCGCGGCCGGCCGCCCCCCGGGACUGAGUGGGGCGGGAGCGGCGCGGGGCGGCGGCCCGGGAGCGCGGAGGGCCGAGUACUAUGGCUGUGUACUGCUAUGCCCUCAACAGCCUAGUGAUCAUGAAUAGCGCCAACCAGGCCCCGAGCGGCCCCCGGCCCAGCGGCAGCGAAACGCCCCCGGAGCCGGGGAGGGCGGUGCUGAGCCCUGGCAGCGUGUUCAGCUCCGGCAGAGGCCCCGCUUUCCUCUUCCCCCCAGCCGAGUCGCUGUCCCCUGACGAUCCAGGGAGCCCCGGGAGCUGGCGAGGUGGCCGGCGUCGGCUCAACAGCAGCAGCGGCAGCAGCGUGGGCAGCCCGAGCUGGGCGGGUCGCCAGAGAGGGGACGUGCAGCAGGUGGUGACGGCCGGCGCCCUGGCCCCCUCGGGCCCAGAGGAGGCUAAGAGGAAGCUGCGACUCCUGCAGCGCGAAUUGCAGAACGUGCAGGUGAACCAGAAGGUGGACUUGUUCGAGGCGCACAUCCAGGCACAGAGCUGCUCCGCCAUCCCGGCGCCCCGCAGCCCAGGGCUGUGCAGGGCCCGCUCGCCCUCGCCCUCGCCCUCUCCCGGCCCCGCCCGCAGCAGCAGCCAGCCCCCAGCGAGAGUCCUGGCUCAGACUGGGGAGCGCAGGACCAAGUCCUGGGGCGAGCAAUGGCCAGGGACCUCGGAGUCCGGCCCCGGGAGAAGAGGGGCACCCGUCUUGUGCCUUUGGAAGGACAAGGAAGGAGGGGCACCUCUGCCCAUCUCAACCGAAUCUCCAGCUCCAGGGGCGCAGGGCCCAGCGCUACCGGUCAGGACAGAGAAGGGGAGCCCUGCUAGGCUCCAUUCUGGCACUACUGUAACCAUGGAAAAUGACAAGAGGGUCUCUCUGUCUUUGGCGACUCCUAGCUGCCAAGGUCUCCCUUCCUUGGGGCUGGCGACAGUGAACCCAGCAGUGACCACAGAGGUGCCAGCGAAAGCCACACACCCCCAGCUGCAAGGCACUGUCCUCCCUGAGUGGGCAGAGGGGGUGCGCGAGCUUAGGGGUGCGCACCCUGGAGCGAUCCUGCUGGGUACUCAGGGACCUUCUUCGGGCAGAGAAACAAACCCAGCCCCAGAGCUGGGUGGGCCCCGCAGUGGUGGAGAGCCCCCUGGGAAGGUGGGGGGAGGAAAUCUGCCUGGUGGAAUGCGGGGUUCUGGGGAACCCGAAGUGGGCCAAAGGCCAGGGGCGACCACUAUGAACGCGCCAGAGCCAUCAGAGGCCGGGAGCUGGCUCAGGACCCCAGGAGACCUGGACUCAGCGAAUCCCGAGGUGACUCCCAGUGGAACCCCAGUGGUUGGAGGGCCUCAGCAGAGCCUCCAGAGAGUACAAGAAGGGUCUCCCACUCCAGGCUUGCUGGGGGGCAGCCAGCAGGCACAGCCGGGAGCCCGGGAAGUAGAGGCGGGAAUUUCCUGUGGCAGAAUGCUGGAGCCUGUUCGCUGUUGGGGACCCAGGACCCAAGAGCUGGCAGAAGCCCUGUGCCUUCCUGCGGACAGGAUGGACCUGCAUGUGGCCUCCAGGACCUGGCUGGAUCCUGUGGAGGAAACAGGUCUGGUGUGGACGUGUGGCAUGGGGGUACAGGCAGAGGGGACUUGGGAAAGCCAGCCACAGGACAGAGACCCCAGCCGCCCCCCAGAACUGCUGGCCCUGGGACCCACGAACAAGCCUCUCCCUAGAGAGGGCAGCAGCCACAGUAAUAUCCCUGCGGUCAUCAUCACAGACAUGGGAGCCCCAGAGGGAGCCCUGGACGAACCUCAGGGGAGCCCCCUGGGCAGCCUGCCCCUGAGGAAAUUGUCCUCCUCCUCCGCCUCCUCCACUGGCUUCUCCUCCUCCUAUGAUGACUCUGAGGAGGACAUAUCCAGUGACACUGAACGCACCCUCGAUCCCAACUCAGCCUUCCUGCAUACCCUGGACCAGCAGAAACCCAGAGUGAGCAAAUCAUGGAGGAAAAUAAAAAACAUGGUGCACUGGUCUCCCUUUGUCAUGUCCUUCAAGAAGAAGUACCCCUGGAUCCAGCUGGCCGGACAUGCAGGGAGCUUCAAGGCAGCUGCCAAUGGCAGAAUCCUGAAGAAGCACUGUGAGUCAGAGCAGCGCUGCCUGGACCGGCUGAUGGCUGAUGUGCUGCGGCCCUAUGUGCCUGCCUACCACGGGGACGUGGUGAAGGACGGGGAGCGCUACAACCAGAUGGAUGACCUGUUGGCUGACUUUGACUCGCCCUGUGUCAUGGACUGCAAGAUGGGUGUUAGGACCUACCUGGAGGAGGAGCUAACCAAGGCCCGGAAGAAGCCCAGCCUCCGGAAAGACAUGUACCAGAAGAUGAUUGAGGUGGACCCUGAGGCCCCAACUGAGGAGGAGAAGGCGCAGCGGGCAGUGACCAAGCCGCGGUACAUGCAGUGGCGGGAGACCAUCAGCUCCACGGCCACGCUCGGCUUCCGGAUCGAGGGCAUCAAGAAAGAAGAUGGAUCCGUGAAUCGUGACUUUAAGAAGACCAAGACGCGGGAGCAGGUGACAGAGGCUUUCCGAGAGUUCACUCAAGGCAACCCCAACAUCCUGAUCACCUACCGGGACCGGCUGAAGGACAUCCGAGCCACCCUAGAAAUAUCUCCCUUCUUCAAGUGUCAUGAGGUGAUUGGCAGCUCGCUCCUGUUCAUCCACGACAAGAAGGAGCAGGCCAAGGUGUGGAUGAUCGACUUCGGGAAGACCACACCGCUGCCAGACGGCCAGACGCUGCAGCAUGACGUCCCCUGGCAGGAGGGCAACCGCGAGGACGGCUACCUAUCGGGCCUCAACAACCUCAUUGACAUCCUGACUGAGAUGUGCACAGGCGCCCCGCUCGCCUGAGACCCCUUCGACCCAGAACCCCUUCUCUCCCUCCUCCCCCCUUCUUUCCCUUCUUGCUCCAUUCUCCCUGCACUUAUACCUGGCUCAAACCCCGGGCUGACCCUCCCGAGCUGCACUACAAGAUACUUUGUAGAGGAGUCAACUUCUAACUACUCCCCCAAAUGAAGGGUUGUCUUCUGGGGGCUCAGAGAUCUGGAGGGAAGCUCAGGUGUGAGGGUUGGGGAGAGGGGGCUGGAUGCAGAGCGCACCCUAACUUCUGAGUCCGCAGCCUCUGGCCAGGAUACUGAUAGAGGCCGGCUGCCCCCUGGUGGCCGGUACUGUUAGCACCACCCGCCACCGAGCACACCCUUUAUCUGGGGCGGCUUCCCUAUCUUUGGCCAGGCUCCAUGGUGGUCUGGGCACAAAAUCACUAGGAGCCACACAUCGACUAUGAGGAGAGUACUCCCUGCUUAGAACCCAGAGGCCCCUUCUGCAGAGUCACUAAGGCAGGGGACAACUCCCACCUCUACCCCCCCACACACACACACACAAUUCAUCUUGUUUCAAACUCCUCCAGCUUAGGAUCGGAGUGACCUGGCUGUGCUCACUGGCCCAGGUCCCCAAAGUGACAUUUGUCAUCCUGAUGCCACUCCACCCCCACAGCCACUGAUGCAGAGCCAGAGGAGGGAGGGAGACCCUCCUCAGUGCCACACAGGCUUCAAGCAGUGACAGACAGGGCCGCAGGUUAGCACCCCAUGGGGAAGGGGCCUGGGACCGGAUCCCUGGCAUCAUAACUGCCCCCCUAAAACAGAGCUGAUGGUCUCGAGCCUGGUGUGUAGGGCAUGGGGCUGUUCCUGGCCCCUCCUGCAGCAUCUCUUAAGUUUCUGGAAGCUUCAUAGGGAGUCAUUCCAAGCCUUGUUUUCAUUGCCUAGCAAGGUUGUCCGAAUCUUUGAGAAAAAUGUACAGUCUGUCUUUAAAAAGAUUUAAGAAACAAAACUUCCAGCUCUGGCCAUGAACUUGCCCCCCCCCCCUAGGCUGACUGACAGAUGCUGAGACCCCUGUUCCUUGAGAGCUCUUUCUAGAAUGUGGUAGGCACAGUGCCUGCCAGGGGUGUGUGCCUUCAGGCCCCAGUCUCAGACAGGGCCACCACCCCCCAUAACAGCUCUGGAGGCUCCUGGGGGAGCAGUUGGCUCUUCCACAUGCCACUUGCUUUUCUCCUUUGCUGUUGCGGGGGGGGGGGGGGGGCCUGUGAGGACAGGCAAGUACUGACUUAAAAAAAAAAAAAGGAAAUCGUUUUUCAACUCCUGGCUGGUGUUCAAAAGGGUGGUGAGCUCCUGUGUGGGUUGACAGCUAAAGGUCACGCCCUCCACCCCCGCUGAGCCAGUCCUUGUGACAGCACAUGACCCUGUGAGGAGUACAGCCUGCCCAGGUUCCCCCACAAUUUCUUGCUUCUCUCAUGGGGGAUGGGGCAGGGCAGGGAGAGUCCCAGUCCAGACACAGGUCCUGUCCCAGUGGGCCAGCCACAAGCCAUCCCUUCACUCUCUCCAGGGAAGAAGUUCACUAAAGCAAGUGCAUGCUCUGAACAAAACUUACAGGGGACCAGCUUCACCAGCUGAAGAGAACAAACUCACCAGAACACUUUAAGCUGGCACCAGCUGUCUGUGGAUCACGUGCCUGCUGAGCCAAUGGAUUUGCUUUGGGCUCACGUGAAUAUGUGAAAGUGGCAUCAAGUAGCAUCUUUUCGGAAUCAUUUUCAUUACUUAGGGGCUUGGGCUGGGGGCAGGGGAGAGGCUUGUAUUUACCAUGCUGUUCUCUUCCACACUUGCUGUCCCUCCCAUCACUUCCUUGGACCCUGGCUCACUCCACCCCAGUCUGAGUGGGAUGGAUGGAUCAAAUGGAAAGUUCCAGAAACCCCAUCCCAGAAAGGAACUCAGUGGGUCCUGGCCAGGCUGGAGGGUGGGAGAGCUGCGUGCACCUGAGCACAGGUGAGUGGCCCCCCUCUGUGGGUGCUGCCCUUGGAGAGAAAUGGUGGUGGCACAGAGGGGAGGGGUCUUGGUGUUCAGCACUGCUUAGCAUCAAGGGAAGGAUUCUCAGCCACCUUCCCCAGACUUGCCGUUAGUGUCAUGUUUGACGUUAUUAAGUUAUAUUUAUUUUGUUGGUUUUUUUUUUUAAUUGCACAAAACACUAAGACUGAAAGACUAGGUUCUGUCGCUCCUGAACCCCCCCCCAUGCACACACACACACACACACACACACACACAUACAUAUACUCCUCUCGUGCUGGGGAGCUGGGGCAAGAGCCCAGGAGCAGCCCUGACUCCUCAAGAUGGAACCUUCUCCAAGCUGUAUUUAGCUUUGACUUUCUGCAUCCGGUCAACCGUGAGUGUAUAUAAUAACCAAGUCCUUGAUUGGGGAAGGAGCAGGGCGUUCACCCCAGGCCAAGUGCCUUUUCUGGAGGAGGAGACUCCCCAGUGGAUUUCCCUCCCUCUGCACCCCUCCCUGUGACACCUUGGAGGAAAUGGAACUGUUACAGUCCCCUCACACCACUCCCUGCGCUGUGCCUGUCAGAUAGACUGCAGCAACUCUGUACUUUCUAAAUAAAGACCUUGGAUCCUG